AUGGUCAAAAAAAUUUCCUUCCAACCGUCACUCUUCCUUCCGACCGUCACUCUCCCUUCCGACCGUCGCUUUCCCUUCCGACCGUCCCUCUCCCUUUUGCUGUCGCUCUCCCUUCCGACCGUCGCUCUCCCUUCCGCCGUCGCUCUCCCUUCCACCGUUGCUCUCCCUUUCGUCCUCGCUCUCCCUUCCACUGUCUCUCUCCCUUCUGCCAUUCGCCCUCCCUUCUUCUUAAAGCCCUCCCUUCUGCUCUUCCCCUCGCUUUCUCUAUCUCCCUCUCUCCUUGUCGCCAUUGCAAUCCCAGUCUCCCUCUCUCCCCAUCGCCAUCGCUUUCCCCGUCGCCCUCACUUUCUCCGUUGCUCUACCAUCCACUGCUCAUCACCCUCGCCUUCCCUCCCGUCUCCGUUCCCAUCUUGCACAUUUGUCACCCUCCCUUUUCUCCCCCUACUCCCUCUUUUCCCCCCUCCAAUAAUCUCCUUCCUUCCCCCCACUUAUACCACCCUCCACACCGCUUACCUCUUUCCCUCUUUCCCCCAUUCUCCGCCGUGCUCCCCACCAUCCUCUGCCCUGCUCUCUCCCCAGCAUCUGCCCACAUUCCCCCCAUCCUCUUCCCUUUUUCCCCGCACCCCCUGCCCUGCUUUCCUCCAUCAUCUGACCUGCUUUCUCCCAUCAUCCUCUGACCUGCUUCCCCCUACUUCCCCCCACUAUCGGCCCUACUUCCCUCAAUCCCCUGCCCUUCUUCCCCCCAUAGUAUCCCUUUCCAUGUGUCCUUCCUCUCCCUGCCCGUGUGUCCUCUCCCUAUCGUUCGCAGUUCCCCUGCUCGUCACCCUCGCUCGUUGGGGAAAUGCCCGCCGCAAGUGCGGGCGUUGUGCGUCUGCCCCCUCUCCCAUUCCGUUCUGCUUUUUUGUUCGCAUUCCUUCCCACCCUCUCUCAAUCCUUCCCACCCUCUCUCAUUCUUUCCCACCAUCUCUCAUUCCUUCCCACCCUCUCUUAUUCAUUCCCAACCUCUCUCAUUCCUUCCCACCCUCUCAUUCCUUCCCACCCUCUCUCAUUCCUUCCCACACUCUCAUUCUUUCCCACCCUCUCUCAUUCCUUCCCACCCUCUCUCAUUCCUUCUUACCCUUUUGCCCCCAUUCCUCCUCGCCCUCCCUCUCUCAUCCAUUCCUGAACUUGCUCUCUCUCCUUCCUCUCGCACCCUCUCUCACAUCCAUUUCUGACCUUGUUUCCCCCUUCUCCCUGUGUCCCUUCUCCAUGUGCCCUGUCUCCCUGUCCCCCGUCUCCCUGUCCCCCUUCUUCUCCCUGUCCCCCUUCUUCUCCUUGUCCCCCGUCUCCCUGUCCCCCUUAUCCCUGUCCCCCUUAUCCCUGUCCCCCUUCUCCCUAUCUCCCUUAACCCUCUCCCCCUUAUCCAUCUCCCUCUUCUCCUUGUCCCCCAUCUCCCUGUCCCCCUUAUCCCUGUCCCCCGUCUCCCUGUCCCCCUCAACCCUGUCCCCCUUCUCUCUGUCCCCCGUCUCCUUGCCGCCUUCCUUCCUUAUCGCCCUCCCCAACCACCUUAACCCAGCCCAGCUCUCCCAUCCCCCUCUCCAACCACCACCUACAGCUUUCUCUCUCCCGCCACCCCCCUCCCUUUCCCUGCUGCCCGACCCCCUAUCCUAUCUGAGCACCCCUCUCACCCCAUCCCUCGCAGCUCCCGCUCCCAUAUCAUUACAAUCCUCAUCUCGCAGCCCUUUGCUCUUCUCGUAA